AUCUGGCAAGGAGUCCUCUCCAUCUACUUUCCAUAUUUGUAUUUCUCACCAGAUUGUCUAUAUCAAACCCUUCGACAUCUAUGGCAUUCUGAUUCAAUGACUGAUAUUGACCUCUAUCUAGGAAUCAUUUACACAACUCUUUGGCAACUUUGGAAUGUAUAUUGGAAACAUGGCAUUACUAAUCCUGUUCCUUUCCCUACCAUGGCUGUCUACAACAUUAUCCCUAGGAUAGUUAGUCAAAUUAACAAACUCAUC